GAUAGGGCAAGGCUGGAAAAUAGGAUAUUGUUUCUCAUGGUUUAGACGAAUUUCCAUCCUCUGUUCUGCUCUUUCUGGCAUUGAUCAUUCAAGGAGGACGGACCGAAUGAUCGCAAGAUCGAAAAACUGUGUGAAUAUGUUUCGAAAAAUCCUUUACGCAUCCCAAAGAUCACUGAUUCCCUUGAGCAAAGGUUCUACAAGGAGUUGAGAAAUGAGAAUUUUCAGUCGGUGAAAAUCAUCGUUUGCAUUUACAAGAAGUUGUUGCUCUCUUGUCCGGACCAACUGACACUAUUUGCUACUAGUUUACAGAGCAUUAUACAGACUCUACUGGAUCAAUCACGGCAGUAUGAGAUGCAAAUUCUAGGAUGUCUCUUUUCGACUUUGUAAUUAGUCAGAAGGAUGGUACUUUUAUGUCGAACUUAGAAGGCUUUAUUCCGAAAUUUUGUCAGUUAUCUCAAGAAAUCGGCGAAGAUGAAAGGGAGACAAAUCUACGUUCAGUUGGCCUGCAAGCAAUUUCUUCACUGAUUUGGUUAAUGGCUGAACACUCACAUAUUUCAGUGGAAUUUUAUCAUAUUGUUUCAGUUGUCUUGGAAAACUAUGGAGUCCCAAAGAAAAAUUUAGAGGACCUAUGUUGGCCAAAACUCGAUGGGUGCAAGAAGUGCAAAGAACGGAGAGUCGUGUCACUCCGUCAAAUUAAAUUUGCUGCUGAUCAGUAUCUUCUUGAUGAUCUUAAGCGCAUUUGUGAAUACAGCAUUGCUCAGGGAUGACUUUAGGAAAUCUUAUAAGGAAGCGAAUCCAAAUGCAAAGGGUGUUAUAGGGGUUGCAAAGGAAGGUGGUGAGAAAUGAAAAUUCAUGUCUGAUGAGGUGAGUUGUUGUUAUUCAAUUAUUUUAAUUACAA